AUGCUGGCCGUCUUCUGCUAUGACCCGGAGGUGUAUGCGCACACUGUCCUGGAUGGAGCGGCUCAUGGAGCCCAGGCGCUGGCGACUGCUCUGCAGCGGCUGACCCGGGACCUGGCCGACCGGGGCGUGCAGCUCCUCGUCACCUCUGGCAGCUGGCAGGAGGUCAUCCCCGACCUGGCGGCGGCGGCCGACGUGCGCCGCGUGCUGGCAGAGGACGAGGUGGAGAGCGGGGCGCGGGCGCGAGACGGCGUCGCAGCCUACCUCCGGCUGGGCCUCCAGGGCGACGCUGAGGAAAGCGGGGCCGAGCUCGCCAGCCUGGUGGAGCAGCACUCCAGGCCUGCGCACCCCAGCGGCUGCUUCCCCGCCAUUUUCUCCAGGGCGCUCACGCUGGGCGCGCUGAGCCGGAGGAGGGUGGCCGCCCAGGCGAGGGCCGUGCUGGCGGAUCCGGCCGCCGCCGGGCGGCAGGGCCUCUGGCGCCUCCGGCGCCAGAACCGCACCGCCAAGGCCCAUGUGGCGCUCGCCGCGGUGGAGGCCUCCGACUUCCACCUGGAGAUGGCGCGGGCGCGUGAGGACAGGGAGGUGCAUGGCGCUAGGCUGGGGCACUGGCGCUGGCGCGGCACGCUGACCGACUACCUGGUGGCUGGGGACCCCUCGGCGCCGGCAAUCCUGCUGGUGCACGGUUUCGGGGCCUUCGGGGAGCACUGGCGCGGCAACGUCGCCGCCCUGGCGCGCGCUGGGUACGCCGUGUAUGCGCCCACGCUGCCGGGGUACGGGCGGUCGGAGAAGCAGGCGCUGCCCUAUGGACAGGACCUGUGGACGAGCUUCCUGUGCGAGUUUGUGGUGCACGUCGUGCGCCAGCCCGUCACGGUGGUGGGGAACUCCAUCGGAGGCUUCGUGGCUGCCAGCCUCGCAGGAGAUCACCCCAGCCUCGUCCAUGGCCUCGUGCUGGUAAACUCUGCUGGCAAGGUGGAGCCAGGCUAUGUUGCACCAGAGAAGACGUACUCAGACGUCGCGCAAAGCGGUUCGCCCCUACUCAGCCCCACGCUGAUCAACCUCGUCAGCUCGGGGCUCUUCGGGCUGCUCAAGGGGAACGUCAAGCGGCAGCUGAAGCAGCUAUACCCGAGCGCGCCUGAGCGCGCGGAUGCCUGGCUGGCGGCGGAGAUCGUGCGGGCGGCCACGGACCCGGGGUCAAAAGGCGUGUUCACCAGCGUGUUCUACCUUCAGAAACCCCGCCCCCUGAACCACCUGGUGGCAGAGAUGUAUGGCGGCCCGGUUCUCGUACUCCAGGUCGUGAUGUUGGAAGCGGGUCACUGCCCGCACGAUGAGGUGCCAGAGGAGUUCAAUGCGCGCCUCUUGGAGUGGAUGGAGGGACUGGAGCCGGCAGGGACGGCAAGGGCUGGAGCCCUGCCUGCAAUAAUUUGA